AGUGAGUAUUGACAUAUGCGUUUUGUUUCUUCGUCGCGUAGACGAGCAGCAAACCUUGCAACAUGACUGGACAUCAAUAAAUAAAGCGUAGCAUAGAAUAAUAUACCAGAUCUCAGUGGUUAGACUAUUUUAAGUACAGAGUCUGGGGAGGAGGAUUCUAAAGCAGACGAAAAUAAUAUUUUACAUGUAAUUUAUAUCAAAUGUCUAUUCUUUGUUUAAACUUGGCUAUAGCGGAUACGGAAGUCGAAAUAAUUGUAUUGCGAUUGGGAAGUUCUAAAAAUUAAACCCAUGUUUCGUAGUCAUCUCAUAAAUCACAUAACAAUUUUGCAUAACGUCUUGGGCGUAAAAUAUCAUGUUCGUUGUAGUAGUACUAUCAUAGACUCAACGACCACUUGAAAGUGCUAAUUCUGUGUCAUUAAUACAGGGUAACCGGUUAUCUUAACAAUUGUAUACUAUUUAUAUGUUGUUGAAAUGUGUAUUUAUGCAGAAAAGUUGUGGGCAGUCGCCUUCGGCUAUCCUUCUAAUAUUAUAAACAAAAAAAUGAAAGAAGAAUGAAUUAAUAACACGCAUUCAUGUUAUUAAUUUAUCAUCGUAGAAUCUACAGAAUGAAUUUAUUGACACAAUAUAGCUCACACAUCAGAAUAACACAUAGGCUACAACUUAAAAGUAUAUUUGUAUGGAUAGAAACAUUAAGUAGGAAAAAAUGAACUAUCUGCGAGCUCUCCUGAAGUGCGCUGACAAAACAGUUACACAUAUGUUACGUAUGUAUGAUAGAAACGUUUAAAUCAAAUCGUCCUACAAAAAGCCACAGUGAAUAUCUUAUGUAUGACUUUAGCCAAAAUAGCGAAACAGCAUCAUAAAUAAAUUGAUUCCUAAAUAAAAAUAGAUUUUAGUCGCUUCUCCCUUUGAUGUCAUCCUCAUAAUAUUAUUUGUUUAUAAAUAAUCCUAUAUAAAAUAAUCCUGCGUAAUUCUGCGCAGAUGAAAUCACGGGAACAAUAUAGUAGAAAAUAAUGGACUCGAAUCUAGUAUUGUAGUAAGACGAAGGCAAAAUCUCAUAUUAUCAGGUAAGACUACGUUUUUGCACCAAUUUAUAAAAUAAAGUACAUAUUAACUUGUAAAUAUGAUAACACCAGACACGGUAGCCGGCAGCAAGACUGAACAUUUGGUGUAGUCAAUUGCCGGACUGAAACCGAAGGCAAGAUGCAACAUUCCAACCAUUACAAUAAAAGGUACAAGUAUAGGCUUCUUAUUACUGCUGUUUUGUAAGCGGUUGUACGCACAUUAACAAGAUGCGAGAUACAAAGUAUAUUAAAUCUAAUCAGUGUAAUUUACAUGCCGGCGACAUUAAUAAAGCUGUUACUCUUUGUUCUAAGGCAUAGUGUUUAGGUGUAUCGACGUAAGUUAUCUUGAUAUAAGUAGAAUAAAAAAAAGGUUUCCUCAUGGUAAUUUGAUAAAUAUGCGAGGAAAAAGUACCUUUUACUGACAUACAUAUACUUGGCGUGGGAGAGCGAAUCUUGUAUCGGCUGUAGGGGAAGGUCCAGCAGUAGAUGUCUAAAGGCUUAGUAUUUAACAGUUUUUUUUUUAAAUUUUAAUUUGUUUUUUUACACCACAGAUGCCACUAUGGGUAUAUAUUGUGUGUGUGAUGCUGAUAUGCGCAUGCGCGGCGUUGUGGAGCUAUGAGCGGCGUGUGCGCAGUGUCUUCAAAGGGAUACCGACGUUGCCGCCGCUGCCAAUCAUUGGCAAUAUACAUCAGGUUCUUGGGGAUGGCAGAGUGUUAUUUCGCCUUUUAAAAUCCGUGGCAGAGAUCUGUGAUACGAAUAAUUCACCGUGCAUCGCGUGGCUGGGACUUUAUCCCAUAUUCAUAACGCAUGACCCGGAAGAUGUGAAAGUGAUCACGAACUCUUGCGUCGAGAAGCCGUUCCUUUACAACUUCGGAAGGGUGUGGCUCGGGCAUGGACUGGUCACGGCUCCAGCCGCCGUUUGGAAGCACAACAUCAAAAAGCUAUCCGGCACGUUCACGAGCUCUGUGGUUGACGGUUAUUUGGGAGUGUUCAAUGCUCAGGCUGAGAAGCUGGUGGCGGGGCUGAAGACGGAAGUGGGAAAGGAACCCUUCGACAUCAUCAACAAGUACCUCGCGUACACCACGCUUGAAGCCAUUUGCCAAACAGCUUUAGGAGUAUCCAAGAUAUCUGAAAGCAUAGUGACAUCGGAGUACUACGAGGCUUUCAACCGUUGUCUGGAGCUGCUGACAGCGCGUGGGCUGAACGUGUUCCUCUACCCUGACGUCAUCUACCGCCUCACGCCGGCGCACCGGGAGAUAAAGAGAUGCGUCGCCAUUAUACAUAAUGUAUCCGAAACUGUAAUGAAAAAAAGAAAACUAGAACGAGAAGAGAAAAAGAAACGCAAUAAAACAAAAAAUGAAAAUAACGGAGAGGAACCAAGAUUCAAGGCAUUUCUGGACAUAUUGAUGGAGUUGAGCGAGCUGGACCCGAGCCUCACGGAACAGCAGAUCAAGUCGGAGGUGGAUACCAUCAUAGUGGGGGGGCAGGAGACCGUCGCAUCCACUAUACUCUUCACUCUACUGAUGAUAGGCUGCAAGCCCGGGAUACAGAACAAGAUGUAUGAUGAGAUGAGAAGGAUAUUCGGGGACAGCAAGCGCCCCGUGCGUAAGGAGGAUCUCUCUGAGAUGAAGUACUGCGAGGCUGUGAUCUACGAGACCCUCCGCCUGUACCCUCCCGUGCCCGGCGUCAUGAGGUACUCCGAUAGAGACCUGCAGCUUAAGUCGUGCAAGAUCCCGAAGGGCACAGUGUGUGGGAUCAGCGGCUGGGGCGCGGGCCGCUCGACGCGCACGUGGGGGCCCGACGCUGCGCUGUACCGGCCGGAGCGCUGGCUGAGCGACACACCGCCGGGGAACCCUGCCGGCUUCCUCGCCUUUAGCUAUGGGAGAAGAGCUUGUAUAGGUAAGAAAUACGCAAUGGCGAUUCUGAAGACGAUACUGGCUCACUGCCUGAGGGAGCUGGAGUUCGUGUCCCAGGCAGACAACAUGCAGAUGAAGAUAGACAUAGCGCUGCGACCGAUCUCCGGACAUCUGAUACAAGUGCGACAACGGAUAGAUGACAAAAUGAAGAACCAUCCCAAUACUGUACUACAUUCUGGCGGUGUCGAUAUCCGUGGGCUACUUCUACGUGUACCUGAUAUCCAUGGUGUGGUUCGUGUUCUACCGAUGUGCGGAGACAGGCGACCUGUUGGCCGCCAUCAUUAUCUUCUCACUCGGCUCCUCCAGCGAGAUCGGAACUGUUAAACUUAGCUUCAUGUUUGUGUAUAUGUAAGUUGUGAUAGUAAACAUAAAAAAUAUAAAGUUAAAUACUAAAACACUCGCUACGAGUGUAAGGAGAGAUCAUCUAAAGAGUAUUCGCAACUUUUUACUCAGCUAAUGAUAUAAGAUAAUAAAGAUUAGAAAAAAUAUAGUAACAAGUACUAGGAUUUCAUCUAAAAAAGUAUUAAUAGUAGACCCUUCAGUUCAACAGUUCUUUAGUUAAUUGCCAGCAAUACAUUUUUUUACAACUUUAUGUGUAAACAGUCAAAGCUUACGCUUAGACUAACUGCGGAGAAGUUAGACUAAGAAUUACAAAAAAAUAACGGAUACCAAAUUUAUGAUUUCCAUACAUAACAAAAAUUAUAAGGUCUGUUUUGGGCAAACAAAAUCAAUUACUCAAUUUUUUAUAUCCCCAGUAAAAAGGUACGUUGGAUAGUAUCAGAGUGCCUCGCUUGCGAUGCCUCCGUGAUCCCCGGCAG